CAAGGACAACUGUACAGGUUGGUGUGUGUUUUGUACAAAAACAAGCUGAUAGUAACAAGUUCUAAAGUGUUUAUGUACUUAUUUUUUUUGUAAUGUUAUGCAAAAAGUGCACUGUAAUGAGAUGCGAAAGUGAUCUAAAACUAUACAUAAUCUCACCAGAGGCAUGUGAUACAAUUUUAAGGCAAACCAGUGGUCUAUUAAUAAGCAAGUUUGUAGUACUUGUGCAACAUAUUCAAGAAUUUUAUAAACGUGUAUUUUGUGUUUUGAAUCAAUAAUUGUGGAUGGUUCCAGAACAUUUGUGUACAAAUACAAGUAACAAACAAUGAGCUACAACAGCACAGAGUCCUAUAUUGGAAAUAAUUACACAUAUGAAAUAGUUCCUCAUGUUGUGAUAGAUGGCGGAGCAGUGACAGUGCUUCACGGUUAAGCCUGUGAGAUUGUUCCCCCUGGUGCGAGUACAGCAACGACGACGACCACGACGACGACGGGCGACGACGUCGUCCUCUUCCAAGAGAGAGGCAAGGCACGCUUAUCAGCAUGGCCUCGAGCUCCAGCCCUUCGGCCGAGAUACUCAUGUUUAAGGGCAAACGCGGCGCAGCCUCUUACAUCCACGCCGAGUGCAGUAACCCAGGCCUGGACGGCGGUGGCGGCACGCAGCACCUUAACGAGCUGCUGGACAUCCUGCUGAAUCCCAGUAAGCCCAUCGACGACUGGGAGACCAUCGACUGGUGCAAAUGGCUGAUGGCCGGUGGCCGCACGCCCGACGAGUUCGCCAGCACAGUACGUAUUUACGACAAUGCCACUACAUGCGGUCUAGUUUGGACGCCGAAUUUUGUAGCAUAUCGUUGCCGUACAUGCGGCAUAUCACCGUGUAUGUCACUAUGCACCGAAUGCUUCAAGAAAGGCAAUCACCAUCGCCACGACUUCAACAUGUUCCUCAGUCAAGCAGGAGGUGCAUGCGACUGCGGCGAUACAUCUGUGAUGAAGGAGACUGGAUUUUGUGAUAAGCAUGGGCCAAAAGCUGCUAAUGUAAAUAAAUCAGCCGCGCCAUCGGAUCUGAUGUGCGUGGCCGAAGCAAUGAUGCCAAGGAUUAUCCUUCGACUCAUACAGCAUUUACGCGAGAAUUGUAAAAUGGGUGUGCCAGACUAUAGAGGCGCUAUACACGAGGCGGACGGAUACUUGAGCAUGCUACUCGACUUGAACAACAUGGGUGCGCUCAUGAGACAUGUUAUGACGUCGGCUCUUACAAAUCCACAGAAGUAUCGUGGUCUUAUGGAUCCUUCUAUCUUAACGGGGCAAUCGGAGUACGACAGUUAUUGUCAAGAUAGCAAUAAAAUAUAUCAGCAUGCCGUAAAGUCGCUACCGAAUCCAGAACCUCCUGACGAAUACAAAGAAUGCGUGUCACUUCAAGAGCACUUGGAACACACCACGUUUCUGGAGGAACUGAUGUUUUGGACUGUCGCCUACGAGUUUCCGCAGAAGUUAGUUUGUCUACUGCUGAACAUGCUACCGGAUCCUGAUUACAAGGAAGCUUUAACUCGCGCGUUCGUCUUACACUACAGUAGAAUUUCAAUGAUGCUUGAACGUUCCACAGAUCCCGAUACACUAAGCAAUAGAGUAGUGCACGUUAGCGUACAGCUAUUUAGUAACGAAAGCCUAGCAUUAAGGAUGGUUGAUCAGUUGAAGCUGUUACAUGUUAUGGUUAUCAGUUUAAAAUACAUGAUGAGCAAAAUACUCAUUCAAAAUACCUUGCAUGAUCAAGAUAAGAAUUUUCACUACGUCGUAGACUGCGGACGUCAAGUGAUGAAAGAACAUUGUUACUGGCCGUUAGUUUCCGAUUUGAACAAUGUGCUUUCGCAUAAACCAGUUGCUGUUAGGUUUAUGAGUGACAAUACUCUUUUGGAAAUGUGGUUUGAUUUCUUGUCCAUGUUUCAAGGUAUGAAUGUGAAUCAACGAGAGUUAAAUCAGCACAUUGAGUUUGAACCCAACACGUACUAUGCGGCGUUCAGUGCUGAAUUGGAAGCCAGUGCGUAUCCAAUGUGGGCCCUAGUUUCACAUCUUCGUGGCCCUGAAAGCUCUACCCUUAGCCGAAGAGUACUCACCUUCUGUCUGACAGCUUUGCAAGAUUGGCUAGAUGCCGUGAACUACACACAGCCAAAUGUGAGAGACAUUCAGCAAGUAUCGUUUCAUCUGCCGCUUCAUCGAUAUUUUGCUGUAUUCAUGUGUCAAGCGAUCAGGCAACAAGGAGCGUCUCUUCAUGACCUGCUACCACCCAAGGACAUGCUGCAUCUCCUUAUGAUGCAUCCAUUGCGAGUCCAGGUGGCUUUCUAUGAAAUUCUAAACGGAAUGUGGGUUCGUAACGGAUUACAAAUAAAAGGACAAGCUAUGACUUACAUCCAAUGCAAUUUCUGCAACUCCAUGGUGGACGCAGAUUUGUAUCUGUUGCAAAUUUGUGCCACGAAAUUACCGGCAGAUGUUUUUGUCAAGACUAUCAUCGAAAAGUUUCACGUGAGAGAAUGGUUGAGUGUUUGCUUGUACCGUGCACCACAGAAUGACUAUCCGGAGAAUGAAAAUGAGAAUAGAACCCCAAUGUUAGAAAGCUGCCUGACAUUCUUAGCUACACUAAUCAAUGUGAGAACAAAUCUUGGUUUAUCUGAUGCUGAAAUGUCAUGCCUCGAGAUGGUAACUCUGUUAUGUAUGGGCGAUAAAACGCAUAGCCAGUUAAUGGAGUUGAUGCCGGAACGUUGUGGGACCACUCAAAACAGAGACUUUGAAUCUGUCUUGGCUGAUGUUGCACAGUACAGAGCUCCGAAUCUUGAGGCGAGUGGCAAUAUGCAACAAGGAAUGUACGGGCCGAAACCUCACGUGUGGGAUGAGUUAUUCGAUCCUUUGCAUGUUUUGUUAAGAGCGGUACACAGAAGAGACUUCCAAAUAUCAAUGGAUCGUUUCACAGAAUAUGUUAAACAAUCGGGGAAGCUAAAGAGCAGUGCGACUCCUUGGCCACCAUUCAGACAUCCCGCUCCAGUGUCAUCAGACUAUGACGAUCCUCGGAUAGUCUUGCGUACUCGAGUCUUUCACGCUAUGAUUCUGAUAAUACUUUACAAGGCUGUGAACGAGCACAACAUAUCGGAGCAUAUUAUGGCAUUAGCCAUUUAUUUACUGGAAAUGGCGGUGAUCACCGCAGAAACGCCGGAUAAAUCUAUAAAUCCUUUAUGUCAGUACACUGGCGGCAGUUCUCGUGUAAUAAAAGACAUGGAUCUAAUUGGCUGGUAUGAGAGCGAUAAUUUGUCCGAGAAUUUGAGAACAGUGAUACCCCGAGUGAAUCUAGUCCAAGAGUCGGAAUCAAACAGCUCAGACAUAAGGCAUAUUAUUCGACCAGGUGAGUUCGAGUGGGAGGUGCAGGGAGAGAUGAUUGAGGUAGCGACGUCUCUGAUGCUAAACAACGUGGAAGACGGUGCGGAAGAGGGUUCUUUAGAGCUGCUGGGACUACCGUCUGUGAGAGACGACAAUGGCUCAUCUAGUGCUACGUCUCUGCCCGCUUUACCCUCGUCGGCUGCAACGUCUACUACUUCUUUGCCGGCUUUGCCAUCAGCUGCGAGCGCCGCUUCUCUGCCAGCUCUACCGUCGACUGCGACGGCUACAUCUCUGCCGGCUCUACCAUCAACUAAUGUGGAGUAUAGUGUGGCUAUUGUACCUGAAAAUGCAAUCGUCGCUAUACCGUCUGGCGAAGACGAACUGCUAGGUUUACGGAGAGCUCAACCACCGUCCGGAGAGGAUUCCAUGGUUCUUGCCAUCGAAUCGCCUCCUUCACCAAACAAUACAGUCGGUGGUCAGCCUGCGUUACCACCCGUUCCUCAGCGUCCGGCGGUUAUGGCCGGAAAUGAGAUAGUCGCAGCACAAUCGGCGUAUUCGCCUCGUCCCAGUUAUAGAACAAUAGAAAUCGUUCCAUCCACAUCGAGUUCUCAUAAACAUUUCAACAAGAGGAGGGAGCCACAAAUUGGACCGAUACAAUCGCAGACUGUGAAGGUGGGGGAAAGUAUAAUCUCUUUGCUGUUGAAACUACAUUCUCAGCUGUCAGGCGUACCGGACAGCUACAAUCCCGAACUAAGUGCAAUGUCGGACAAUGAGGCGGGCAGUAGUAGCAGCAAUAAUGGUUCCGCUGCUACAUCGUCGCCGUCCUCAUCGUCAUCGUCGACGAGCAAUGAAUCGAGAAUAGGUGACGGGACGUUCUUCAUAUCGCAAUUACUCCGGAAGAUAUCGGGACUAGAUCCAAUGUGCAAACAAUCGAUCAUCGAGACCAGGGACAAACUAUGGCCCCGUAUGCAAGAAUGUGAGGGUGAUGAGCAGCGUGAGAGGGAACACCGCGAACGGGAGGAACGUCGGCGGAGAGCGAAGGAGAGGCAACAAAAACUUAUGGCGGAAUUUGCCAAUAAGCAGAAGCAAUUUAUGGAAAAAGCAAUGAAGUCUGACGAAGCAGGUGCAUCAGCGAUGGAUUGGGAGCAGGAGGAGAACACAACCAAAUUAACAAGUAAAAAGGAGUACGACUGUGUGAUAUGUAAUCAAACUACUCCCAGCAGUGAGGAUAAGCCGAUGGGACUUGUUGUAUUAGUUCAAGCAACUAGCAUUAUCGGUCACGAACGGCAACAGUCGGAUAGGCUAAUCCUUCCCACGUCUGAUGAGGAUCCGCCUAUACCAAAAGGAAAUACUCGCGGCGCUUAUUUCGACCGUCGAAUGGACGAGAUGAGUCGUCACUUCGAUACAUUUUCGUGGCUGCUGUCGGUCAAUCUAGGUUGGGAAGGUGGUGUUCACGUACAAACUUGUGGUCAUCACCUGCACUUGGACUGUUUGAAAUCUUAUCUGCAGUCCCUACGUAGUCAACAGAGGCAGCAAAGUUUGGCGGUGGAGCGAGGUGAAUACUUCUGUCCACUGUGCCGGCAACUGGCUAACUCUGUCCUGCCGCUCUCGCCGCAACUGGGCGAAUGUGCAGCAGUAGUGCGAUCUCGUCAUACCUCCACGGUCACUAUACUCUCAGAAUUAAAUAAUUUCCUGAAGGAGAUCCAACGAAAUCCGAUCUCUUCGAAUUUGGCUAUCGCAAUGGGAAAGGCGAUGGAGGAUAUGACGAGUUGCACGUAUUUAAAGUAUAAGCAAAAGAACUGUUCUCCUAGUCACCAAAGCUUGUUCCUCUUCGUAACUUCCGUAGCACGAACUAACUUCGAGAUUGAACUCGUACAACGUGGCGGUUCGUUGUGUGCUCCACCGCCCACGACGAUACCUCUGACGCCUAAACGCGAUUGUAUAGUCGCGCUUCUUCAUGUUCUGGCAAUGCACGCCCGAGUGCUAACGACAUGGCCGGUGCAUCACACGUGGCAGCAAUUGUCCGGUAUGCCGCCGGAGCCAGUGUCCUCACUCGCUUUAACACCGCACGAGAAGGAAGUUCCACUCCUUCUCAGGGAUCCAACCGCUCUCCUUAUACAAUUUAUAUUAUUGUUACCGCUGCAUCUAGAUCAAACGUACUUCUCCAGCGUGGUAAAAGUCAUUUACAACUUGCUGUACUAUCAAGUAAUACUGCAGAUAAGCUGUAACUUCUCGCAAGCCGAACGAAACACGAUCCUAAAAAGGAGCCGUUGCGGCUCAGCCACGUCUUCGGAGACGAUACUGGCAAAGAUUAUUGAAUAUUUUGAUGAAAGCGAGCUUUAUUCCGACGACGACAGUGAGCUUUAUUCCGACGAUGACAGCGAAGUCUCCUCGGAUGACAACGCUUGCAAGCCAUCCACAUCUUCCUCCGCUUCCUAUGCGAGAGUGAAGACACACUGCGUUGAGCAACAGAUCCAAUCUUUGUGCCUGCCAUUCUUGCGAGUGGCCUCGUUAUUGCGUUAUCAUUUGUACGAACAACCAUUGCCGCUAAUCAGGACACCACAGAGCGAAUUCGUGCGAUUAGUAUACUAUCUGGAGUUAGUAACGGAGGGCAUGGACUGGGACAGUUUUAAUUCCACGGUAGCACUCAAUUGGCAGGACAAGGAAGCGAGCGUCUCGGUGCCGCAACUGUGGUGUGAUCAGCUGCUAGCAUUCGUCAACCGUUUCGUGAAGUUAGCUGAGCCAGCCAGGAGCCUGAUUGUGGAACAACACAUAUCGUGGCAGGUGCCAAAGCUGCUCAGUUUGCCGAGGGAAUACGAGAAAAUUUUCACCUAUUAUCACGAGCGACAUUGUGGUAAGUGUCAUUCGAUCCCUCAGGAGAUCAGUAUCUGUUUGUUAUGUGGCACUAUCGUCUGCCUCAAACAAAAUUGUUGCAAACAGAUGAACGUGUACGAGGCUAUACAGCACUCAAUCGAUUGUGGAGGUGGAACUGGUAUAUACCUCGUAGUGACCUCAACCUAUAUCAUCGUAAUACGAGGUAGGCGAGCGUGUUUGUGGGGAUCUUUAUAUCUCGAUGAUUUCGAAGAGGAGGAUAGAGAUCUAAAACGUGGCAAGCCGCUAUAUCUCAGUCAGGACAGGUAUCAACUAUUAGAACAACAGUGGUUAGCGCAUCGAUUUGAUCAUACGAAGAAAACAUGGGUGUGGCAUCGUGAUGCUCUGUGACCCAUCACGACGUCAUCGUACGCAGGUCGCUCGUAAUAAUUUUCUAAGACGAAGACUCAACUCUCGCUCGCUCGCGUUUACAAAAACUCCCGAUUCCGUUUUAUCCCUCACGCAAGCAAAAGAAAUGCCUCGCCUGCAGUAACACAGCGCUUUUAGAUCUAACAGAGAGACGACCGCACUUCCCUGUCUCCUGCCUUCCCCCUUAUAAUGUCCUUCAGAUAUUAUAUAUUUAUUAUAUGAUGCGCAAUCUCACAUAAGUAGACAUUAUUAACGACGAAUGAAAGUAUUAAGAAUACUUGUGCAUCCUCCCCAGAGGAGGAGGAGGAGGAGGAGAAGGAGAGUGAAAAAGAUGAUAAUAAUAAUGGAGAAUUGUGCAUAUAUAUAGUCACGCGUAAAUUCGAACGACAAUUACGUUUUAUAGAGACCGUAUUAUUACAGUCUCAAGUUAAAGAUCUGUACAUUUUAUUUAAGUGUACAUACAUAUGUAUAUGUGUAUAUGUAUAUAUACAUAUGUAUACAUAUAUAUGUACACACAUACAUAUAUAUACAUAUAGAUCCUGCAUCCUAAUGGUAAAAAAGAAAAGAAAAGAGUACUUAUUUAGUACGUAGCAUUUGUACUUUCUAGGAAAAAAUACUAUACUUGAGUGAUAAAAUGAUCAGAAUAAAUAAUGGGAGGUGAAAAAAGGAAACCCGCAUCCGCAUAGCUUCAUUUCCGUUAUGUUACUUGUGAAAAAUCAAUUUAACUUUACAUAAUCGUUAGCAUUGAUCAAGUAUAAUGCUUUAGUAAAUAAAGAACAAAAUUCAUGACUAAAGUCAGAGAAUUUACAGAUCAUGGAAUGUUUACGAAUUUUAAAGUUUUCAUAAUUGAAAACUAUAAAAGUAGGUGUUGGCCCUUUCUCUUCUAAAGUACAGGUGCAUACCUUGAUUUUGUUUUUUUAUUCAUAUCUUAGCAGCGCUAUAAAUAAUUGGUUGAAAGCGCGAGAACGAUGAGAGAUAAAGAAAAGGAAAAUAAAUAUGACGAAGACUGACGUCUUGAAAUGCUUUCUAUAAGAAUAUUCUAUAUUUAUCUGCCGGAUAAAACAAAGAUAUUAUAGAAACUACAUUAUCAGAGACUAUUUUUAUUAUUUUUAGUACCCGAUAUGUUAUUUAAUCUUCGCGAAAUGAGACAGAGCCGUGCAUAUGAGAUAAACGCGAAGGAGAACAUACUAGGAGAUAAACGUAAAUAGGAGUGAUCUCUGCACGAAAAAACGACAAGAAUUCAAAACGAGAAUCUGUCAAUUCUUGUUUGCAAAUAUAUAUGUCCAUUUAUAUUCUGCCCAUCGAUUCACAUAUCUAUUGCAUCAACCAUUCACAAUGAUUAAAUUGCGGAUUUAAAAUUUCUUCUACUUGUGCUCGUAAUCCUGCUCAAAAGUCAGUUGAUGAUUGGUGUUGAAUUACUUGAUGUUACAUUCACUUUGCCUGUGAGAGCUGAUCUUCGUGUAUUUUUCUUGUUAAAACAAUGAAGACAAGAUUGUACUUCGAGCGUUCCCUGCUUCUCAUCCUCGUGUAUUUCUCUGUCUUAACAUUCACCGACUUUCCUUAACGUUUUCCAGACGUUAACAGCACAAUUGGUAGUGUUAACUUUUUUGGAGUCUGCUUUAUCGGAAUCGUGAUGUGUCUCCCUUGAUAAGUGUGAACUAUUAUUUAUUUCGUAAGAAACAAGUUCUGUACCAUUCUAGACAUGCCCCAGAUAGCACAAGAUGUCCUAAAAUCAUCUUAGAUAUGCUCAAAAUAUGUGAUACUUUCCAGGCGUUUUGGACAUGUCCAGGAUGAUUCUAAGAUGUCUUAUGUUACUUACCGCUAUACAACAGAAAUCCUUGAUUUUAUCGAUGUACAACCUUGAGUUGAUGGGUAUGUUAUAAUUGUAAAACCGAAUCGACAGCUUCUCGUUUCAAGACGCAGCACUAGCUGCACGAGAGAACGACGGUCCGAUUUGAUGACAAAAAGUAUGCAUGAAGAGAGAGAGAUGUCCGUUACAUACUUCUGGCGAAGUAAUCGAUUGUACCGUCUAUUCUCGAAAAAGAGCGCUGGUAUAUGCACACUCGUUUGUAAGUUUUUUCCAAUAAAAUUUGAAUAAAAUAAUCACGAUUGCGAGAUAUUGCUCACAAGCUUGCAUAAUCGUGCAAAUCGGAAAAAACAUAUGCAAACGAGUGUAUACGGAGUGACCCAUGACGACUCACGAACUCAAUUUUAGCGACGAUCUCUUUGAUCCAUUCUUACAGGCAAUUUUUCAGAAGUAGAAAAAGGAAAACAGAAUAGUUAUAGUUACAGGAUAAUUAUAUUUAUAUACCCUUUUCUCAUCUUAUGCUUGUUUAUUCACGCAAGCUAUGAUGAUUAUAAAAUAGUGAUAUCGUCUGAGUCCAGUUUAAGAAACGAUAUCGCGUUUAGUUUUCGAUAAAGAUUUUGAGAUGUUGACUCUAUGAUAAUACGUCGAAUUUUCAGCUAGUGUCACUAAACCUUGUCUUCAAAUUCUAUUGUGUCAACUUAAAAUUAUUUGAAGGACGUAAUUUUGUUAAAGCUUAUUUCUUUUUGAUGAGCAAGAUCCAGACGAAAAUUAUAUUAUUUUCAUAAUUAUUAGUUAUAUUAACAAAAUUACAUGAAUUAAUUUUAAAAAGACUUUAUCUUCGUAGACUUUCGAUUAUAGACUUAGUUAUGAAGAUAUGUUAGAAAUUCGGUCGCGAUCAGAGUCCGUUUUUGAAAUUGAGCUUGUGUGUCAUCCUGCAUAUAUACAUUGACUUCUUGAUAUGGACUUUCACAAACUCCCUAUACUGUAGUAAAUACGUUAAAAAUGAAAUUGCUUCUUCUAGGGUACAUUUUCGUAUUGUAAAUAUGUAAUAAUGUUGUAGCUCGCCACAUAUUACAUUAUAUUAGUCAAUGCUCGAGAGAGAGAGAGAAAGAGAGAGAGAGAGAAUGAUUUGUAUAUAGCUACAUAAUUAUUUUUAGGAGUAUCUUUGCUUAUAAUAUAAGAGUCUAUAUGAUGGAACACAUACAAUUAAAGAAAGAGCUGAUGAUUAAUGAAUUAUUAUAUAAUUAUUGAUUAUGUUUAAUGUAUAAAUAAAAACGAUUUAGUCGAAGA